AUGUUCCACUUCCAUGAUUGUUUCAGGGAGGGUAACAGCAUGGUAACAGCAUGUUAUUCUGCAGCUUUUCCAGUGUGUAAAGCUGGUUACCGCACCGCUCUUCGACGCAGCUCGACAUGGACCUUGAGCGCUUGCGCCAGAUUGGGCACGGGACGUCAGACCUGUUUGAUGAAAUCAUUGCCAAGAACUCCAUGCAGGGCCCAGACAUCGCCGGGGUUAUAUGUGUUUGGGUUGUCAUUUUUCCGUUGCUCCGAAGUAGGAGAGUUCCAGCACUUUGGCCGGCUCGCGACCCUCUGUAGUCCAAGGCUGGAUGUCAUGUUGGUAGAGCCCAUUUUGCUGCGCCGCAUGAAGACUGAUGGAGACUAUGUGGAGGAGAGCAAGAAAAAGAAGGGCAGGAAGACGGUGAAAGCCGACGGCCGCGGCCGCCUGGGCUGA